AUGAGUCUGUGCUACACUGUAAAAAAUAAACCUGUGAAAUCUGAGAUCUCUGUCGGUCUCUUUCUGUCUCAGGUGAAUGGAGAUAUUCCUCCCAGGUUAAAGAAGAGCGCUCACGAGGUCAUACUGGAGUUUAUCAGGUCCAGACCCCCCCUCAACCCCGUGGCGGCGCGUAAACUCAAACCGCAGGCCGAACGUCCUCCCAGCCUACAUGAGCGCAUUCUGGAGGAGAUCAAAUCCGAGAGGAAGCUGAGGCCCGUGUCGCCCGAUAUGAUCCGUAGAAGUCGAUUUGUCAUUCGGCCUCUUAGCAU